AUGGACGGCCCGGCAUCGUCCUUCAACGGCCAUUCUCAACGUCGCAAGCUGGUCAAGAAACCCCCCUCACACACAUACACUCGCUCCUCCUCGGGCCUCGACGACUCCCACUCGCUCGGCAGCAGACGCAGCUCCCAGAGCCUUCGACGAGCACCCAGCGCCCCUGCCGUCCGAUCCUCCAUUGCAAACACCUCGAGCAGCUCGUCGCCAAGACAUCCGACCGCCUCGCAGUGGCCGUCGAAUGCCUCCCCUUCCAUCGCCCAAGGGGACUUUCUUGCCACUUCCAACCCGCCCAGCGGCCCCGGCCUCAUCACCAGCAGUCUCAGCAGCCCCAGCAAUCCUGCCGCCUCUCCCUACCCAGCCCUCGCGCAUCGUCCAAAUCGCCUGUCCGACUCGCUCGCUCGCCGGCACAGCAAAGAACCCUCCGACGACCUCCUUGGCGCGCCUUUUGACGGCGCUGCCAUCCUGAGCCGCAUCGAGUCGGUAAAGUACACGGCUCCGCGAGAGUCUGUCCAGCGCCCACCAGCAUCCCCCGCACUCGCGAAGCCCAUUGCUGGCACGCGGAACGUGAACCCCGCGCUCCGAGCCUCACAGAGCUUCAGCAACAUGGAGCCCGCGAUCACGGAGAAAAUCCAGGGCGGCAAAGCACCCGACGGCGCGGCAGCGGCGCCGAAGCGGUAUUCCGAUGAGGGAAAGGACUCAAAGCCGCCCAUGAUUCGCAAGAAGUCGGGCUUCUCGGGCUUCGUCACCAGUCUGGUCGGGUCACAGAAGAAGCCCACCAUUUCAGCCCCGGAGAAUCCAGUUCAUGUUACUCAUGUGGGAUACGACAGUGCCACUGGACAAUUCACUGGUCUGCCAAAGGAAUGGCAACGCUUGAUAAACGAAAGUGGUAUUCCCGAGAAGGAGAGACGGGAGAACCCCCAGACCAUGGUGGAUAUUUUACAAUUUUACAAGGAGACGACCGAGCGCCCGCCCGAGGAUCAGAUUUUGGAGAAGUUUCACCAUGCUGGACCGGCAGACAACCGUUCAUACAACACACCUACCUCUCCAAACAUGUAUCCAACUAAUUAUAUGGGAAGUUUUGAGAAUCCUCGAGCUCCUCCGCCUGUGCCACCGUCGAGAAGUCACGGGAGAGACAUGAUGCCAAGUCGGCCCGCUCCCAAGCCGCCCGUCAGCAUCAGUAACCGGUCGGGACCGUCAAGUGCGUAUCCCACCAAGGACUCUGGUAUUGGUCUGUCCCAGCAACCCGACGAUUACUCGCCACAGUCAAAGGACAGCUCCCCCAUGCUGCCCGAGGAGCAUAGGUCGAGAUCCAACUCCCGUGCCAAUGGUCAAUCGCCAUACAGCCCGCUGACUCCAUCAUCUGCUCAAGUUGCUGCGUAUCAGCAGCAGCAAUUUGUACAACAACAACAUGAGCAGGCCUUGGCACAAGCGCAAGCGGCAAUGUCUGGGCAUGUUGGUCGGGCUCCUAGCAAGAGACAUCCGCAGCCCCAGGCGUCAGUACCUGCUCCCCAUCAGACGGCCGCCUACGCGCGAGCUGUUGAUGCUAAUGGACACUCAAAUGCUUCACGCCAGCAGGCAGGCCCGGGUGCGGUGCCCGGCGCGAGACCGAGACAGAGAGCCCGCCAAAGUAACGGCAUUGACGUGGUUACAUCGCUCAAACGAAUCUGCAGCGAGGGGGAUCCACGGGAAGUCUUCCGUGGGUUCCAAAAGAUUGGCCAGGGUGCGUCUGGCGGUGUCUUUACUGGCUUCGAGAGGGGCACCAAUCGACUUGUCGCUAUCAAGCAGAUGAAUCUGGAGCAGCAACCGAAGAAAGACCUGAUUAUUAACGAAAUUCUGGUCAUGAAGGACAGCUCACAUCCCAAUAUUGUCAACUUUAUUGAUAGUUACCUCUGUGCAGGUGAACUAUGGGUCGUCAUGGAGUUUAUGGAAGGAGGCAGCCUGACAGAUGUUGUCACCUUCAAUAUCAUGACUGAAGGACAAAUUGCAUCUGUAUGCCGGGAGACGCUAAAAGGCCUUCAACAUUUGCAUUCCAAGGGCGUCAUUCAUCGUGAUAUCAAGUCGGACAACAUUCUGCUAUCUAACGAAGGCAGCAUCAAGCUCACUGAUUUUGGUUUUUGUGCCACAAUCAAUGAGGCGCAGAACAAACGAACGACAAUGGUUGGCACACCAUACUGGAUGGCUCCGGAAGUUGUUACUAGAAAAGAGUACGGUCGCAAAGUAGACAUUUGGUCGCUCGGGAUCAUGGCCAUUGAAAUGAUCGAAGGAGAGCCUCCAUAUCUUACCGAAUCGCCACUUCGAGCCCUAUGGCUGAUUGCUACCAAUGGCACGCCCCAGAUCAAGAAUGAAGCCGAGCUCUCACACGUGUUCAGGGACUUCCUCUGCUUUGCUCUCAAGGUAGACCCUGAGAAGAGAGCGAGCGCCCACGAUCUAUUAAGGCAUGAAUUCAUGAAGCAGUGCGUGGAUCUAGCUCAACUAGCUCCUCUCGUCCGAGCCGCCAGAGAACAAAGAGCUCAGGAGAAGGCGCGAAAGCAAUAA